GGCUAGGAUAGUUGUUGGAUCACUAGAAGAAUCAAGGCCUAAGUAACAAAUUGGCACUCUUAACAGUUCAAAAAUUUAUAGCAGAUAGCCUAUUGUUGGAGGGAUUUAAUUGGAACAAUAGCUUGUCCUCGACGAAUUUACCAAAUGGAUUAUCGUUCAUUAAAAGAAGGCCAAAUGAUUUCCGGUAAAUCUGUAUCAUUUGGCAGAUUUUCUUCAUGCGGCUCAGGUAGAAAUGCUCAUGAGUACAGAAAGUGACGGAUACUAUAGUUUUUUCGAUAGAAGACAGCUGCUUGAGUUUGCAUUAAAUUAAUAUUACACAUAAGAUUAAUUAUUAUCUCGUUGAUUCGCAUCAGCAGUUCCCAAUGGGCGUUAUUGUAUAAAUGAUUCUAUCAGGUUCAGGAAUGGAUCCCCCAAGUUCAAGCCCUUUCUCCCGUGAAAGCAUCGAUCUGAUCUAUCUAUGGAAGACUCGCUCGUCCACUACGUUGUCUUCUUCCUCUUCCUGUACUUUCUUACCAAAAGGUUGCUAAAAAAUAAAGGACUCCCACCAAGCCCUGCUCUGUCCCUUCCUAUCAUAGGCCAUCUCCAUCUCAUCAGAAAACCACUCCAUAGCACCCUUGCCAAGCUAUCCAAGCAACACGGUCCUAUACUCUUCAUUCAGUUCGGAUCUCGUCCUGUCCUUGUCGUGUCUUCUCCUUCUGCUGCAGAAGAAUGUUUCACCAAAAAUGAUGUCGUAUUUGCAAACCGCCCUCGUUUGCUUACUGGGAAACACCUUGGUUACGAUUAUACUACACUUCCCUGGGCCCCAUAUGGCGAUCACUGGAGAAACUUGAGGCGUGUGGCCUCUAUAGAACUCUUGUCAUCUAAUCGCGUGCAAAAGUAUUUUUGGAUACGUAUGGAUGAAGUCAAGUUUUUAAUUCUCAGGUUAUAUAGGAGUUCAAAGGGCGGUGAGUUUCAGGUUGUGGAGAUGAAAUCAAUAUUUUUUGAGUUAACUCUUAAUGUUUUGAUGAGGAUGAUUGCUGGGAAAAGGUAUUAUGGAGAAGGAGAGGAAAUAUUGGAGGAAGAAAGAAAUUUCAAAGAAAUGGUGACAGAGACUUUUGAAUUGAGUGGAGCCACAAAUUUUGGAGAUUUUCUUCCCGUUUUAAAGUGGGUUGGAUUGAGUAAAAUUGAGAAGAAGCUGGCAAAAUUAAAGAGGAAGAGGGACGGAUUCAUGCAAAAUUUGAUUGAAGAACGCAGAAAAUUGAUAAGUGAUUCAUGUUCUGAACAAAACAGCAAGACAAUGGUUGAUGUUCUAUUAUCUUUGCAAGAAACCGAUCCUGAAUAUUAUACGGAUGAUAUCAUCCGAGGCAUGAUGCAAGUACUGUUAUCAGCUGGAACUGAUACGUCAGCUGGGACCAUGGAAUGGGCGUUAUCACUUUUGCUAAACAAUCCAAAAACCCUUGUAAAAGCCCGGGAAGAAAUAGACGUGGAGGUUGGGCAAAGCAGGCUAAUCGAGGAAUCAGAUCUUGGCAAACUCCCAUACUUCCAUGCCAUCACAAACGAGACAUUUAGGAUGUACCCAGCUGGCCCACUUUUGGCACCGCACGAGUCAUCCGAGGAAUGCACCGUGGGGGGUUUCUCUAUUCCCCGUGGCACAAUGCUGUUGGUAAAAAUUUGGGCCAUGCAGAACGAUCCUGGAUUAUGGGAGAAGCCCACUGAAUUUAAACACGAUAGGUUCCUAGGACCAGAGGCGGUAAAGAAUGGGUUCACGUUUUUGCCAUUUGGGACAGGCAGGAGGAGGUGUCCAGGGGAGAACUUGGCAAUGGGUUUGAUUCCAUUGGCAUUGGGGUCUCUGAUUCAGUUCUUUGAGUGGGAGAGAAUCAGUGAGGAGAUGGUGGAUAUGAGUGAAGGGAAUGGGCUCACCAUGCCCAAGGCUCAGCCCUUGGUUGCUAAGUGUAGGCCGCGGCCAGUCAUGAUAAACUUCCUGACUCAACUUUAAGUAACUUAUUAUUUUUGAGUCCAUGGAUGU